AUGGCUGAUCAGCAGAUCAGUCUGCCAGCCAAGCUCAUAAAUGGCGGGAUCGCCGGGCUGAUUGGGGUCACCUGCGUGUUCCCCAUCGACCUGGCCAAGACCAGACUUCAGAACCAGCAGAAUGGCCAGCGCAUGUACAAGAGCAUGUCCGACUGCCUCAUAAAAACCAUUCGCAUGGAGGGUUACUUUGGCAUGUACCGUGGAGCUGCUGUGAACCUGACCCUCGUCACCCCGGAGAAGGCCAUCAAGCUAGCCGCUAAUGACUUCUUCCGUUAUCAGCUCUCCAAGGACGGGCAGAAGCUGACACUGCUGAAGGAGAUGCUGGCCGGCUGUGGGGCGGGCACCUGUCAGGUGAUUGUGACCACCCCCAUGGAGAUGCUGAAGAUUCAGCUGCAGGAUGCCGGCCGCAUAGCUGCUCAGAAGAAGGUCCUGGCUGCCCAGCUGUCAGCCCAGGGUGGGGCCCGGCCCACGGUGGAGGCGUCCACAGUCCCCCGACCCACAGCCAUCCAGCUGACCCGGGACCUGCUGCAGAGCCGAGGCAUUGCGGGCCUCUACAAGGGCCUGGGGGCCACACUACUCAGGGAUGUCCCUUUCUCCAUCGUCUACUUCCCGCUCUUCGCCAACCUGAACCAGCUGGGCCAGCCAGCAUCUGGCGAGAAAUCGCCGUUCUACGUGUCCUUCCUGGCCGGCUGUGUGGCAGGAAGCACGGCUGCUGUAGCUGUCAAUCCCUGUGACGUGGUGAAGACACGCCUCCAGUCGCUUCAGCGUGGGGUCAAUGAGGACACCUAUUCAGGGUUCCUGGACUGUGCCAGGAAGAUCUUGCGGCAUGAGGGGCCCUCGGCCUUCCUGAAGGGCGCUUACUGCCGGGCCCUGGUCAUUGCCCCGCUCUUCGGUAUUGCCCAGGUGGUCUACUUUCUGGGGAUCGCUGAGGCUCUGUUGGGGCAGCUGCAGGGCCCCCGGGCCUGA